AUGCACAUACCAAGCAUAUACAGUCACAAAUUGUCGACUCUCGUUAAACGUCAAGUUGGACCCAAGUUUCAGACUUUUUGUGAUAAAACUGGUGGAAAACCUGUGCCUAAGAAUGAUCUCACUUGCACAGGUGAACCAGGAGGCAGGCCUGUUUGUGCGAUACCGAGAAAUACGAAAAAUGUCAGAGGCGUGGUAAAAUGUCUUCCUCAUGGUACUCUUCAAGUCAAUUUUUCUGAUUGUGAUAAGAACAAGGUCAAACCCAAAGUGCUUUUUUGCGAGGCACCAGUGAAAGCUAAACCACUUGAAGUUUCUUGCAAAGAAGGAGCUACAGGAACUGCAGUCAAAGAUCCGCCUCAAAUCACUUGCGUUGUAUCAGGAGGGAAACCCAGCACACAAGAACCUCAAUGUGCAGCUAGCACACCUAAUUCAUUUGAUAAAUUCUCAGGAAAAAUCCAAUGUCAGAAAGGGGCUACUUUGACUUUCAAAGGUGGGGCUUCAAAGGGCUUGAUCAAGGGAUUCCGCAUAGUAAUUCAUGUUCCACUUGGGCAACAAAGUGCCCAGCUGAUUCUGGAAGGUUUCCUAGUAUACACUCGACGGUUAAACUUGACCUCGCUGAACUUCUCUGGUGUCAGUAGAGCACUCAAAGAUCUCGAUCAUCCAACGGUGUUGUUUUGUCAAGAAGAGAACUUGCCCAUACUUGCACUCAAGGAAGACGAGUGA